AAGGAACCCACGCCGGCCAUCUUUUGGAGAAAAGUAUGGAUAAGACGACAGAGCAGAUGAGGAAGACAGCAGAAAGUGAAGAAAAGGGAGGAAAAUUGGAAGGUCUGCCAAUGGAGACAAGUCCAUACACACAGUACUCGGACUUGGAGGAUUACAAGCGAAAGGGAUAUGGAACAGAAGGCCAUCUCCAACCAAAGCCCGGUAGAGGUAGCUCCACCGACGCCCCCACAAUUUCUGGUGCCUCCGUCUCUUCUCGGUCUGAACUUUCCUCCACUGAUGCCAAGAACCGCCACGGGGUCCCUUAGUUUUUCUUGAGUUUGUUUUGUGCGUGUUUGAGAGCCUGGACUACUUGUAAGACGCCCUCCUUGGGUUCAAAGAGAAGCAAGAAAUGCGUUUGAAAUUAAUCUUCUUUUUGUAUUAUGAAUGAAUUAUCAUUUCAAAUGGCAACUUUGUGUCUUUGAUGUUA